CGUAGGAGUGUCAACAUGCAAGAUGGCGGCCCAUCACCGGCAGAACACGGCCGGGCGGAGGAAAGUGCAGGUUUCCUAUGUGAUCCGAGACGAGGUGGAGAAGUACAACCGCAAUGGAGUCAACGCCCUGCAGCUGGACCCAGCACUAAACAGACUGUUCACAGCCGGCCGGGACUCCAUCAUAAGAAUAUGGAGCGUCAACCAGCACAAGCAAGAUCCAUACAUAGCGUCCAUGGAGCAUCAUACAGACUGGGUCAACGACAUCGUGCUCUGCUGCAACGGGAAAACAUUAAUAUCUGCUUCUUCUGACACAACAGUAAAAGUAUGGAAUGCACAUAAGGGCUUUUGCAUGUCAACACUGAGGACACAUAAGGAUUAUGUGAAGGCCUUAGCAUACGCCAAGGAUAAGGAACUGGUAGCCUCGGCUGGGUUGGACAGACAAAUAUUCCUUUGGGAUGUGAAUACUCUAACAGCGUUGACUGCCUCAAAUAACACUGUCACAACUUCUUCUUUAAGCGGGAACAAAGAUUCCAUUUAUAGCCUGGCCAUGAAUCAGCUGGGAACCAUCAUCGUAUCAGGGUCCACUGAAAAGGUUUUAAGGGUGUGGGAUCCCAGGACAUGUGCAAAACUCAUGAAGCUCAAAGGGCACACGGAUAAUGUGAAAGCAUUGCUGUUGAACAGAGAUGGCACACAGUGCCUCUCUGGGAGCUCCGACGGGACGAUUCGCCUGUGGUCCCUUGGCCAGCAGAGAUGUAUCGCCACGUACCGAGUCCACGAUGAGGGCGUCUGGGCCCUGCAGGUCAAUGAUGCCUUCACACACGUGUAUUCUGGGGGAAGGGACAGGAAGAUUUACUGUACGGACCUGAGAAACCCUGACAUUCGCGUGCUAAUUUGUGAAGAAAAAGCACCAGUUCUCAAGAUGGAGCUCGAUAGGUCAGCCGACCCCGCCCCUGCCAUCUGGGUGGCGACAACUAAGUCUACAGUGAACAAGUGGACGUUGAAAGGAAUCCAUAAUUUCAGAGCAUCAGGAGAUUACGACAAUGACUGCACAAACCCUAUAACGCCCCUUUGCACACAGCCUGACCAGGUUAUUAAAGGGGGUGCCAGUAUUAUUCAGUGCCACAUUCUUAAUGAUAAGAGACAUAUAUUAACCAAAGAUACAAAUAAUAAUGUGGCAUACUGGGAUGUAUUGAAGGCAUGUAAGGUUGAAGAUCUUGGCAAAGUGGAUUUUGAAGAUGAAAUUAAGAAAAGAUUUAAAAUGGUCUAUGUGCCAAAUUGGUUCUCAGUAGACUUGAAAACAGGGAUGUUGACGAUUACCCUGGAUGAGAGUGACUGCUUUGCUGCAUGGGUUUCUGCAAAAGAUGCUGGCUUCAGCAGCCCUGACGGCUCAGACCCAAAACUGAACUUAGGAGGCCUUUUACUCCAAGCACUCCUAGAAUAUUGGCCUAGAACACAUGUGAAUCCAAUGGAUGAAGAAGAAAAUGAAGUCAACCAUGUCAACGGGGAGCAGGAGAACCGAGUGCAGAAGGGCAACGGCUACUUCCAGGUGCCCCCCCACACGCCCGUCAUCUUUGGCGAAGCCGGAGGCCGCACGCUCUUCAGGCUGCUCUGCCGAGACUCCGGGGGUGAGACUGAGUCCAUGCUGCUCAAUGAGACAGUGCCGCAAUGGGUAAUUGACAUCACUGUGGACAAAAAUAUGCCCAAAUUCAACAAAAUUCCUUUCUACCUCCAACCUCAUGCAUCUUCAGGAGCAAAAACCUUAAAAAAAGACAGGCUGUCUGCUAGUGACAUGCUCCAAGUCCGGAAAGUCAUGGAACAUGUGUACGAGAAAAUUAUCAACCUGGACAAUGAGUCUCAAACCACUAGCUCUUCUAAUAAUGAAAAACCAGGAGAACAGGAGAAAGAGGAGGAUAUUGCUGUGUUGGCAGAGGAGAAAAUCGAACUUUUAUGCCAGGAUCAGGUUCUGGAUCCGAAUAUGGACCUUCGAACAGUGAAACACUUCAUAUGGAAAAGCGGUGGGGACCUCACCCUCCAUUACCGUCAGAAGUCCACGUGAAGAGUGGGCCCUGCUCCUGGGUGUUCAUUCGCUACCUUCCUCUCUGGCCCCAAGAGUAGUCCUAGGAGAAGCCCACCAAGCCCCAAUGGGAGCAAGACUUCUAAUGGCCAAUCUGGUAUGGACCGAGAUUCCCUUUCAGUUGAAGUGACUAAUCGAGAUGUAAUAUAGAAACCAGUCUCCACGUGUAGAUUAAGCUGUCCCCAGGGAAGCAGCCUGUCUUGGCGAUGGACAGAGAACUGAGCACAGGCCAGUGCAGACUUGGCUUCCUCCUUUUGUUUGAAAGGACCUUGUAUUUGUCUGUUAGCACUUGUUAAGAGACACAUCAUUGGGCCACAUCUGUCAUUGUGUUUCAAUUUCAAACCCACAUGCUCCGUAGCUUUUCUAAGAGAGUACAUUCCAUUCAUGCAGCACCUUUGAAGGCUUUUUCCAAGUUUGUCAUAAAAAAGUUAUCAAAUUGUUUUCACCAUUUAAGACAGUUAUUUUUAAUGCGAAUUGCUGUUGCACAAUUCGAGAGCCAGCCCAUUUCGUAAUAAAUGGUUAAUAUUGGGCUUCUUUUUAA